AUGUUCUUCUGUGCCAUUUCCGGCUCUCCUCCUACGGCGCCCGUCGUCUCCAAGACCUCGGGCACGGUCUACGAGAAGUCGCUGAUCGAGCGGUACAUUGAGGAGAACGGCACCGACCCGAUUUCUGGAGAGCCUCUGACCAAGGAGGACCUGAUCGAUGUCAAGGCCAAGCCCUCUACCCUCCCUCCCCGCACCUCGAACCAGACCUCGAUCCCCGCGCUCCUGACCGCGCUCCAGUCCGAGUACGAUGCGAUCAUGCUCGAGUCACUCGAGAUCAAGAAGGCUUUCCAGAGCGCACGCGCCGAGCUCGCCAAUGCUCUUUACAGGGAAGACGCCGCGACCCGCGUGAUCGCAAGGUUGAUGCAGGAGAGGGAUGAGGCUCGCCAGGCUCUGUCAUCGAUCCAGGCUUCGAUCGGUGUCGCGCCCGCGGCGGCGGCCGCUGAGGAGGAGGACGUCGAGAUGCAGCCCGAGAGCGUGCUCCCGGCUGAUGUGGAGGAAAAGAUCAUGGCGACCAACCAGGCUCUGUCGUCGGUGCGCAAGAAGCGCAAGCCGGCGCCUGGCUACGCGACCGCCGACUCCGUCAAGUCGUACGUCCAGACCUCGUCUGUGCCCUCGAUGCACGGCACCAAGCCGCCAGGCAUCAACGCGCUUGACCUCUCGGUGGAUGGCAAGACCAUUGUGACUGGUGGCCUCGACAAGGUCGUGCAGGUGUUUGACCUCGAGAGCCAGACUGUUCUCGCCACCCUCAAGGGCCAUACCAAGGCCGUCACCCACGUUGCGUUCCGCGAGAACGAGGGUAUGUCGCGUGUGGCCAUUUCGUCGGGUGCCGACAAGACUGUGCGCUUCUGGGGUGAGAAGGAGGGCGGCUCGUGGGGUGCGCAGGGCAGCAUUGCCGCCCACAAGGGCGAUGUCACUGGCCUUGCCGUUCACCCCUCGGGCUACUACGUUGCCUCGGCCUCGACCGACAGCACCUGGUGCCUGCACGACAUUGAGUCGGCCAAGACCAUCGCCACGUACGGUGCUCUCCCUGAUGUCGAGGGCUCGUUCGCCUACACCUCGUUCUCCGGCCACCCGGACGGCGUCCUCAACGCUGGCGGCACCAAGGACGGUAUUGUCCGCGUCUGGGACGCUCGUCAGGCGACCUCGCUGGCCGCAUCGCUCGACUCACACCCGGGCAAGGCCCUCACCACUCUUGGCUUCUCCGAAAACGGCUACUACCUCGCUACCGGUUCGUCGAGCGACUCGCUCGUCAACGUCUUUGACCUGCGCAAGCUCAAGCUCCUGUCGGGCUGGAACCUGCCCGCGGAGAAUGCUGUCCACGAGGUCCGCUUCGACCCCUCCGCCCAGUUCCUCACUGUUGCCGGUACCGACCUCCGCGUCUACGCCAACAAGACCUGGGAUGAGCUGCUCAAGUUUGACGACAACAACGGUGUCAUCACCGCCGCCCGCUGGGGCAACCUUGGUAGCGAGAUUGUGCUCUCGGGUCUGGACCGCACCGUGCGCGUCCUUGGUGCCCAGGCGUAG